UCUCAAAAUUCUACUUUAAAUACACCCCUAAAUGUAUUUAGUUUGACUCAAAUUUUUGAAAAGGUAAACGUAUUUAACCACAUGAUAAGAUGUCCAAAAGUUUAUUAUAUAAACCCCCUCAAAACCAUAUCAAUUUGUAAAAAAAAAAGUAAGAUUGCGAUGACGAAAUCAACUAAUGUUCUUGUGGUAAUUUUGUUUGGUCUCCUAUUUGCUUGUGUCACUGAAGCCACUGAAAAGAACCUUGAGGAUGAGACCAGCGGUCUAAAACCAUGGUCACCAUCACAACGCGUGGUCUUCAGAAUGUUACCAAAAUACGUUCCGAUCCCUCCAUCAGGACCAAGCAGAGGAGAGACUCCUCCAACGCCGCCACAUAAACCAACCAUGGUCGGUCUAAAACCAAUGUCACCAUCACAACGUCUAGUCUUCGGAAUGUUACCAAAAUACGUUCCAAUUCCACCAUCAGGACCAAGCAGAAAAGAAACUCCUCCAUCGCCGCCACAUAAACCAACCAUGGUCGGUCUAAAACCAUGGUCACCAUCACAACGUCUAGUCUUCGGAAUGUUACCAAAAUACGUUCCAAUCCCUCCAUCAGGACCAAGCAGAAAAGAGACUCCUCCAACGCCGCCACAUAAACCAACCAUGUUCGGUCUAAAACCAAUGUCACCAUCACAACGUGUAGUCUUCAGAAUGUUACCAAAAUACGUUCCGAUUCCACCAUCAGGACCAAGCAGAGGAGAGACUCCUCCAACGCCGCCACAUAGAUACGUAUGAUACCAUUGCAUAUUCUUCUCACGUAGAAGUAAACAUGAUGUAACAAGUCACCCGCUAUCUAUCUAUUUAAAAACCAAACCUCUAUAGAAAUAUUUGAUCUGAUCGAGGAAUAAAAGUAUGGCAAUAUUCGUGUGUU